GGCACGCGGUAUGAAUUACAGUAGAUGUCCGAGACACUGUAUUACUCAAUAUCGCAACCUUUUGGAUCACCUUCGACCGGCAGACUUCAUUUGGCGUCCAUACCUUAAUAUGGAUCAUGAGCAUCAGAUCAACCCUGAAGACGCAGCCGUAUGGACAACAUGCACACCAAUAAUACGGUUCACAACAGUGGAGCUGCACAACACCGAUCGUGUGAAGCUGCAGUUUGGUAUGGUCCAGAAUAUCCCAGAUCCCCCAGCUAGCCUAGGAGAAUGGCAUAUGCGUAAAGUGAACGACCAAUGGAACUACAACCCUUGGCAACAAUUCGCAAGAUCAGAGUGUCGCAAGUGGAAGCACCGUCAUGACCAUGUCUUAACUGACGCAGUCAUGCCAAAUGAGGUAAAACCAAGUCGUACUUAUAUGGCUUGGUAUAGAUCAGUUGGAUUUCAAUUCAUCGCCGAUGAUAUGUACCUCUACGACCCACGCCAGACAAGUUACACACAAGAAGGCUCAACAUCUAACCCCCAACAACAUUCUCAGCCCGAUUACUCACAACCACCUAUCCGACAAACUUUCCGUUCCACAAACACACAAACAUACAACCAAAACAUGCCAUUCACCCAACCCCAAAACCAAGAACAUCCCCCAUACCACCACCAACAAAUGGACCAUCAACCUUCGACCGAACAUCGCUUCGCACCCACACCAUCACCCUACCAAAGUCGCCUUACCCAAAACACUAACCGCCCCAUCACCUACCGUAGCCAAGAACCCCAAACAUCACAAUACCAAAACAUCCCACAACCAUAUCUCUUCCAAACACCCCAACAACCUUUCCAACCUUUCCUAGACCCAUCAUUGUCACCCAUGUCCCCCUUCAACCGUCCUGGUCGCCCAUCCAUGAGUCAACCACACCCCAACUUCUCUGGCAUGGGUCAUGAGCUCAGCUACGCCGGUACACCAUCAUUGAAUACUGAAGACUAUGCUGAGUUGGCUGAAUACCUCAACGGAUCUUCUCCUGUAGGCGGUAAUGACGCUCCUGGACCAUCAGAUGAACAAACACCGGUGCAGAAUCGUCAACGUGGGUUAGGGCCAAGGGUUAGGGUAAGUAUGUUGGAUUCAUUAAAGUACUUUUGGGGUAUGCUAGAGUUAUUUUUGAGAAUUGAGAGAGUGGAACCUUCUGAUGAUGUUAAUGAUGUUCAUGAUGUUAGUGAUGUUUAUGAUGUUGAUAAUAUUUAUGAUGAUUACGAUGUUAAUGACGUUGAUGAUGUUGCGUGCUUAUAUUGUACAUGA